AUGCAGAUGACGGUGGAAGACUUCGUCACUCUGAUUCACAACUACAUCCAAUACAUCAGUGUUACUAUGAAUGAUUUACAGAACGCUGGCUGCUUAGGGUAUCCUGUCAGUCAUAAAAAUAAAGCUCACCUUGAUGUUCUCAGGGCCCGAAAGUCUCAGAGCCAGAAGAGGCUCAGAGYGGCUGUGGCUGGGGAAGAGGCAGCGGGAGGAAAACAGAAGAAAAAACGGAGGAGCGGUCACGCCGAGAAGCUGCCGGAGGUGUCCAGAGUUGAAGUGGAGGAGGCCGUGGUCCACCUCCAGCUUCACACCGGCGUCUCCGUCCGCUUCUUAUCUACCUGGAAGGAGUUCUCUGACCACAUCACCAUGACGACCAAAGCGGUCGCCGAGGCCCCUUUCAAGAGAGCGCGAGAGCAGACCGGCUUCUCCUUUUACCUGGAGAGCGAGUGGGCGGGAGGCCAGCGGGUGGACAAAGCCGGGAAGGGCCUGCUGCAGGCGUGGAAGAGACAGAUCCAGCAGUUCAACAGAGUGAGCUCAGACGUGGCRGCUGCCAUCUUGGCAGCUUAUCCUUCCCCGCAGCUGCUCAAGAAGGCUUACAGCCAGUGCAGGACAGAGAACGAGAAGCUCUCUCUUCUGUCCGACCUUCUGAUCCGCAGAGGAGAAGGMGUCACCUCCACMACCCGACGGGUCGGUCCGGAGCUUUCCAAACGUCUUUUCCUCCUGAUGCAUUCCCGUGACCCCGAGCAGAAUCUGGACGCCAGCCUUUAAACUCUUUGAACCGAAACGUCGCUGUAACCCAAAUCAAAGGUUCGAGGUCCGACUAGUUGAUUUACUCAUGCAGAUUUUGAUGCUGUGCAAUAAAGUUUUUAUACAACUACAGCUUUGGACUACCUUCA